AUGAUGCCAAUUGCACGAUCGAAGACGCAGACCAAUUUGCGCGCAGAUCCGAAGCCGGAGGGGGCCCAACCCGGCAGUGAUGUGAUGUUUGCGCGUCGAAGCGCCAGCAUUAGCACUCUCAGCAAAAAUCGUGCAACUGCACCACCAACACAGCAGCUCGCGAACCUGACUAUUUCCAACCCACUGGCUAGCAUCGUCCACAGAGCCGACAAGAAUGGUAAGCAGCAGCCCAUCCUGACAAGCGGCCGCAUCGCAGCCCGCCAGGGAUCGAAUACGAGCAAGGUCCAGCCACGGGGAAGCUUCCGCAACCUGUUCGUCAAUAUUUGGUCGGCAUUCGGCAGUCACGAGCAGCAGCAACCAGUGCCAGCUCUGAACAAGUCGAACCCAGAACAGCCUUCCAAACCGAAACCGCCGAAGAUCGGGGCAGCUGGCAACAACGUCAUCGAGCUGCGGCCGAGCAUCUUGCCUCCCCGUUCCCCGGACGACUCGGACAAAAUGUGCCUCGUACUCGACCUCGAUGAAACGCUGGUGCACUCGUCCUUCCGACCCACGCCCAAUCCCGACUUCGUCAUCCCCGUUGAAAUCGACGGCACGAUCCACCACGUCUUCGUCGCCAAGAGGCCUGGGGCCGAGGAAUUCCUCGUCGAGAUGGCCAAGUACUACGAGAUUGUGAUCUACACGGCCAGUCUCAGCAAGUACGCGGACCCGCUCCUCGACCAACUGGACCCCGAAGGCGUCAUCAAAUACCGACUGUACCGCCAGCACUGCGUCCAGUACGAGGGCAACUACGUGAAGGACCUUUCACUGCUGGCCCGUGAGCUCUCGCAGACGAUCAUCGUCGACAACUCGCCCAUGGCGUACAUUUGGUACCCGAAGAGCGCCAUCGGCUGCUCCAGCUUCAUCGACGACCCGAACGACCGGGAGCUCGAAUCCAUCUCGCGUUUUCUGACCAACGUCCACGACGUUGAAGACGUGCGCGACCACCUGCACAUCUGGGACGCCAACUAUUGA